AUGAUCCCUGCUGGGUUCCCAUUCAGCGCAUACGUACGCACGCAAAAGUUUGUCACGGAAGAGUGGAACGCCUUCUUCUCCAAUGGCCGUGCCAAUGUGGAUGGUGGUUGGAGAGGCAUCUUGUAUGCCAACCUGGCAACUAUUCAGCCGGCAGCCAGUUAUGCGUUCUUCUCCGACCCCAAGUUCGAUCCUGCUUAUCUUGAUGGUGGAGCUAGUCAGACUUGGUAUCUGACCUACUCGGCAGCGAUGGGAGGAUCACCGGCUAGUUCUUCGAAGAGAUCGGAGACUGAAGGGGCCUUUGCAGAGGGGGAACCAGCCGAGGAACAGAUGGAAGGAGAGCGAACGACCCAGGCUGUCCAUAAGCACAAAGGUCACAGGCAUGGACGUGUGAAGCUCUGA